AUGUCAAGUGGUGUGGACGCAUUAUCAGGGGUGAUGGCGUCAAGCAAGACCCUAUAUGCAUUGAACAUCUCUGUGCGAUCGCCUACCAAACGAAUGCGGGCGAAUUGCAACAGUUUUGUGCGCCGUGAACUGGCUGCGGGAUUCGAUGUCCAAGUACGCACAGACCGUCGACCCACUGCAACAGUGUCUGACGAAGGCCCUCGAGGGCAAGGGCUAGAAAAAAAAAUCAAAGCGCGCAAAGUCCCUCCACCGGCGCAACCCAAGCUGCGGCCACUAGACAAGGAUUUUGUGUGGCCAUGUGUGACGGACAUCCGCCAGGCACAAGACCAGCAUGCCAAGUUUCGGGGUUUCGGGGACAGACCAGAGGGAAUGUAA